UGAUAUGUAAGUUAAAUUUUGGUUAAAUUUGAAUUAAAUUUAAAGAUUGAAUAUGUUUAAAUUUAAAAUUACAUCAGAUAUUAGUAUAGUGAUGUGUUAAUUCAAUUUAUUUUUUAAUAAAAAAUUUAUAUUAUUAUAUGAUUUUUAUGUCAUCUAAAUUUUAUUUAUUACGUCAUCCGGUUCGACUGUUCAAACCGAUCGAACCUUGAAUCACGUCUACCGGUUUAUUGUCUAACCCGAUUUCCAAAAUAAAAUAAAAUAAAAAGUUUAAACAGUUUUCUAGAAAAAAAUAUCAAUUUAAAUUUUUUUUUUGUAUUGUAAAAUUAUUCCUAAUUUCUUCAGUAAAAGCAUAGUAAAAGUGCAAUAAAUAUAUUACUAAUUGAGUAUUUACCGUCAUUUUAUAAAUACUCCGCAAAAGGAUAGCUAAUACGCAAUUAAAAUUAUCUAUUAGCUGUCUUUCAUAAAAAUACAGCAAAAACACAGUAAAAGCACAGCAAAUCCGAAUAUAAGCUUGCGUGCGUAAAUCGCACAAAAUAAUUUGCCCUGUUGUAUCUACUUCCCCGAAUGGCAACAUGGAAGAAAAGUGUUUGGUGACUCUCCGGGACGACCAGUUAUCUUCAGAACUAUUGGUCAAGAAUUCAACACCAUCAUUCAUCCAGUUACAGGGAAGUAUAAUGAGCCAUUUAACAGUAAGCACACCUGAUACAACCUAUGUCGGCCUCCAAGGAUCGAACUACUUCUCCAAGAAAGCAAAAUCAUCAGAGUUCAGUAUAAUUCCACCUACAAACUUAACGAAGGUCCAAAGCGCUUCAACAUUCUUCAGAUCUCUGGCGCAGAAAGGAUUUGAUGGUUUGUUCUCUGGUUGGGGCACAACAAAACAUCAAGAUGGGGAAAAAGAAGAAGAGGAAGAGAAAGAAGAUGCAGAUUAUUUUCAAAUGAACGAGAUAUUAAGCAGGAUUUAUACCUCCACACCUGCUGAGUUUACUGUGAUUGACAGAGGAAGAAGAAACUCAGCGGUCAUUCAGAAGAGUUGAUUUGAAGAAUUUUACAUGUUCAGCCCUGGAUCUGAUCAUAAUUGGUAUGGAAAAUAUGCAUUUUUCUGUGUAGGAUCAUGUGCAUUGUUAAAACCAAUAGUACUUGGUCCUGGAGGAAUAUGGAAGGGAGGCCAGUAUUUAUAUAACCCAAAUAUUUAAUUUCAUAUUCAUUCUGAGUUCAUUAAAUUUUUCUUUUGAAUCU